GGUGGCGGUGGUGGCAGUGGUGGCGGUAGCUGGGGAUCAGACAUGGCGGCGGAUCUGAACCUGGAGUGGAUCUGCUCCUUGCCCCCGACCUGGACUUACGGGAUCACCAAAGGCGGCCGCGUGUUUUUCAUCAACGAGGAGGCGAAGAGCACCACCUGGCUGCACCCCGUCACGGGAGAGGCCGUGGUCACCGGGCAUCGGAGGCAGAGCCCAGAUUUGCCUACUGGUUGGGAAGAAGCAUAUACUUUUGAAGGAGCAAGAUAUUAUAUAAAUCAUAAUGAACGGAAGGUGACCUGCAAACAUCCAGUUACAGGACAACCAUCACAGGAUAAUUGUAUUUUUGUCGUAAAUGAACAGACCACUACAACUAUGACCUCGGAAGAAAAGAAGGAACGACCCAUAAGCAUGAUAAAUGAAGCUGCUAACUAUAAUAUGACUUCAGACUACGCAGUGCAUCCAGUGAGCCCUGUGGGCAGAUCUUCACGGUCUUCAAAAAAAGUUCAUAAUUUUGGAAAGAGAUCAAACUCAAUUAAAAGGAAUCCCAAUGCACCUGUUGUCAGACGAGGUUGGCUUUACAAACAGGAUAGUACUGGUAUGAAGCUGUGGAAGAAACGCUGGUUUGUGCUUUCUGACCUGUGCCUCUUCUAUUAUAGAGAUGAAAAAGAAGAAGGCAUAUUGGGAAGCAUUCUCUUGCCUAGUUUUCAAAUAGCUUUGCUAACCUCUGAAGACCACAUUAAUCGCAAACAUGCUUUUAAGGCCGCCCAUCCAAACAUGCGGACCUAUUAUUUCUGCACUGAUACAGGAAAGGAAAUGGAGUUGUGGAUGAAAGCCAUGCUAGAUGCUGCUCUUGUACAAACAGAACCUGUGAAAAGAAUUACCUUUAAUUUCAGAGUGGAUAAGAUCCCAUCUGAAAAAGCAUCAUCUAGAGAAGUCAACAAUAUUUCCAACCAUAGGGUGCUAAUUAAGCCAGAGAUGCAGAGUAGUCAGAAGAAGAAGGAUGUAAGAAAAAUUGAAGAAAAAAGGGCCUUAGAAGCUGAAAAAUAUGGAUUUCAGAAGGAUGGUCAAGACAGACCUUUAACAAAAAUUAACAGUGUAAAACUGAAUUCUGUGCCCUCAGAGUAUGAGAGUUUAACAACUAGCACGAAUCCUCCUGGACGUUACAGGCCAGCUCAAACCAAUGGUUCAGACACUAAAGCAGUCAAUGUUAGCCUUGCAGACCUUAGAAGUGGAAAUCAUCCUAAUACUGUACCAGUUCAUAUGGAGUCGGAUCGAGUCAUCCAGAGAACCAAUUCAAUGUUGCAACUGGAGCAGUGGAUCAAGAUUCAGAAGGGGAAGAGUCAUGAGGAGGAGCCCAGAGGCGUGAUAUCUUACCAGACAUUACCAAGAAAUAUGCCAAGCCACAGAACCCAUGUUGUCCCUCGCUAUCCCGAAGGCUACAGAACCCUCCCAAGAAAUACCAAGACAAGACCAGAGAGCAUAUGUGGGAUAACGCCAUCAGCUCAUGACAGGACUGUGGGAGCACCAAUAGAAGACAAACGGAGGUCCAUGAGAGAUGACACCAUGUGGCAACUCUAUGAAUGGCAGCAGCGGCAGUUCUAUAAUAAGCAAAGUACUCUCCCUCGACAUGGCACUUUAAGCAGCCCUAAAACUAUGAUUAAUAUUUCUGACCAAGCAAUGCACUCUAUUCCCACAUCGCCUUCCCAUGGUUCAAUAGCCGCCUAUCAGGGAUAUUCUCCUCAACGAACGUAUAGAUCAGAAGUGUCUUCACCCAUACAGAGAGGAGAUAUAACAGUGGACCGCAGACACCGAGCACAUCACCCUAAGCAUGUUUUUGUACCUGACCGAAGGUCGAUGCCAGCAGGCUUGACUUUACAGCCAGUUAAUCCCCAAAGCCUCCAAGGCAAGACGCCAGAGGAGCUCACACUGCUGCUAAUAAAGCUGAGACGGCAGCAAGCUGAACUGAGUAGUAUCCGGGAAAAUACAUUAGCACAACUCAUGCAACUCAAACUUGAGGCCCACUGUCCAAAGAAUGAGAUUCUUUCACAUCAUCUUCAAAAGAACACCCUAUACUUGGAUCAUCAGAUGAAAGAGAAUGAACCUUUAAUCACCAUGGUUCACACUAUGAUUGAGAACUCGGCGCUAAGACCCCAACUGUACCAGCAACUGUCACAAGAUGAGUAUAGAGGUACAUUGUACAAGUACAGAUCUGAAGAAGUGGAUAUUGAUGCGAAGCUAAGCAGAUUAUGUGAACAAGAUAAAGUGGUACAUGCAUUGGAAGAGAAACUUCAGCAGCUCCACAAGGAGAAAUAUAUGCUUGAGCAAGCUUUGCUAUCAGCCAGCCAAGAAAUAGAGAUGAAUGCAGAUAAUCCAGCAGCCGUUCAGAAUGUAGUUUUGCAAAGGGAUGAUUUACAGAACGGACUACUUAGCACAUGCCGAGAACUAUCUCGAGCUACAGCGGAGCUAGAAAGAGCAUGGCGAGAAUAUGACAAAUUAGAAUAUGAUGUAACAAUCACAAGGAACCAGAUGCAAGAACAAUUGGAUCGACUAGGUGAAGUUCAGACGGAGUCAGCUGGCAUUCAGCGUGCACAGAUUCAGAAAGAACUUUGGAGAAUUCAAGAUGUCAUGGAAGGUUUGAGUAAACAUAAACAGCAGCGAGGCACCACUGAGGCUGGUAUCUUAGGAUCAAAGACUUUUUCAGCAGUUAAGUAUAAAAAUGAGGAAGAGGAAGUAGUCCCACCUCGUCCUCCACUUCCUUGGUCCUAUGACUUUACAGAGCAGCCUCCCAUAAUCCCCCCUCUGCCCAGUGAUAGCAGCUCCUUGCUCUGUUAUAGCAGGGGCCCAGUACACCUGCCUGAAGAAAAGAAGAUGUACCAAGUGCAAGGAUAUCCAAGAAAUGGAUCUCACUGUGGUCCUGAUUAUAGACUUUACAAGAGUGAACCAGAAUUAACAACUGUGGCAGAAGUUGAUGAAUCUAAUGGAGAAGAAAAGUCUGAACCUGUUUCAGAAAUAGAUUCUGUAACUAAAGGUUCACAUUUUCCUAUUGGAGUUGUACCUCCCAGAACCAAAUCACCAAUGCCUGAGUCUUCAACAAUAGCCUCUUAUGUAACCUUAAGGAAAACUAAGAAGACUGAUAUAAGAACGGAAAGGCCUAGAAGUGCUGUAGAACAGCUGUGUUUGGCUGAAAGCACUAGACCUCGGAUGACUCUAGAGGAACAAAUGGAAAGAAUAAAAAGACGCCAACAAGCUUGCCUAAGGGAGAAGAAGAAAGGACUGACUGUCAUUGGAACUUCAGACCAGUCACCCCUUCAGAGUCCAUCAUUUUGCAGAGAUAAUCCAUUCAGGGUAAUCCAGAAUCAGAGGGAUGAUUUGGUGUCAAGUAACAUUAAGGAACUGGACAACCUCAGUAGAGAAAACAAUACUAAACCAAACCUUGAAACUUCUGCAGAAGAAGUAGCUCAACUAAAUGAAACUAACAACAUAGACCAUCAGGAUGUGGAUUUCAGUAAAGAGUUUUUAAAAACUGAUAAUGACUCAUUCUGUGAACCACUAUUCAAAUCUGAGCCAAGAGAAGAGAAUUCUGAAGAAAUGAUGGAUAAACAACAGGAGAGAGAAAAAAUGUCUGAUGAUAUUUCAUACAGCCCCCAAAUUGUGACUCUAAUCGCAAAUCAUAAAUCUGAAGGCAAUUCAGAAGAAAAGGAAAUAGCCAAUGUCAUUGAACAAGAAGGGAAUGUCAUUUCUUAUGAACCUAUGGCUGAAACUUCAAGAGGAAAUCAAGCAAUAACCGUGAAAACUCUGCCGCCAUCCCCUGAGCCCUCCACAUCGCCUGUCCAGCCAGCGCAGCCACAGCUCCCAGAAGGAUCCCAUUUCAUCUACAACAGCUUCUGUUGAACCAAUUCAUAGUUAAGGAUAUGGACCUAUGGAAAUGUGAGAAGAAAUUGUACAGUCUCUUAAAUCUAUGAAAUUCAUAGUUCAGAUGCCUUUAGCCACAGAGCAUCAUUUUAUCACUUCUGGAAAUGUUUAUUCCAAGAUAGCUUUAAUGGCCCAUAGGUACACUCCACAGUAUCAAGGUUAUCUCUUAUGACACCAGCUUGCUGCUAUGAUUUCAGUGCACAUAAAUAAUGGUGCUUUUUAAUGUGUAGCCUACAGCCAUAGCUUAGUUGCUGUGUUCCAGAUUUAAAUGUUUCUUAAUUCUGAGUUGAUGAUUUCCAUUUGGCUUUUGGCUUUUGAGUACAUGAAAUUGGUUACUUUUCCACAUCCCUGCUGAAGCUUAUUUUCUCUUUGGCUACUACAAUGCAUUGUUUCACACUUGGUUUGUAAAAUUCUUAUAUAUAUGUGUGUGUAUUUAAAAUGUGCCAUUUUAUUAUUGCUAAGUGAAAUGUCCUGUUUUCUGCUGUAAUUAUUUCUCAGUCACAUUGCACUCGGUCACAUUGCAGCGUCAGCAGUUACUGCCACACUGUUGUCAGCAUAUACACAAAUGUUAUGGCCUAUUUUUCCUUAAAAACAAAAUAAAGUGUAGGUAUUUUGCGGUACUGGGCUUUUAAUUCUUUGGAAUAGGUGUGUACAGCAAUAAGGUUUCCAAUUCCAGUACUUAGUUUGUGUACAAAUGUAAUUAUGUUCAUUGUGUAUGUAUUAUACAAUGAGCACAUGCAAUAUAAGUAUAUAAAGUUACUAUUGUUUAAAUGCAAAUGUUCAUAUCGCAUUUCUUUUCUAUCAUGUUAAA